CAGUGACUCCGCAGCGGGCGGAGCGCCGUGGGCCGCGUCCUCCCCAGCGGUGGCGGUGGCGGCAGCGGCAGCGGCAGCGGCAGCUUCAGCUCCUGCUCCCCGUGCCAUCAGUCCCAGCGCUGUCUCCCGGGCCCCCCCGGGCCCCCGGGCCCUCAAGCCCGGUGCGCGCCCUUGCGUCCCGCCGGCCCCCUCCCCCGGCUGGGCCCGGGGGAGGGUGGCGCAGUGAGCGAGCAGGGACCGGGCUCUCCUGUCCCUUUCCCUGUCCCUGGGCUGCUAGGAUGGAGGCGGGGUCGGGGCCCCCGGGCGGCCCGGGAUCUGAAAGCCCCAACCGGGCAGUGGAGUACCUCCUGGAACUGAACAACAUUAUCGAAAGCCAGCAGCAGCUGCUGGAGACCCAGCGGCGGCGCAUCGAAGAACUGGAGGGCCAGCUGGACCAGCUCACCCAGGAGAACCGCGACCUGCGGGAGGAGAGCCAGUUGCACCGCGGAGAGCUACACAGGGACCCGCACGGUGUGCGGGACAGCCCGGGUCGCGAAAGCCAGUACCAGAACCUGCGCGAGACCCAGUUCCACCACCGCGAGCUGCGGGAGAGCCAGUUCCACCAGGCGACCCGGGACGUGGGCUAUCCGAACCGGGAUGGCGCCUACCAGAACCGGGAAGCCAUCUAUCGGGACAAGGAGCGGGAUGCCUCCUACCCGCUUCAGGACACUACGGGCUACCCGGCUCGCGAACGCGACAUGGCCCAGUGUCACCUGCACCACGAAAACCCAGCGCUGGGUCGCGAGCGUGGCGGGCGGGAUGCUGGGCCCAUGCACCCCGGCCGUGAGAAGGAAGGCGGAUAUUCGGCUGUGGUGGGUGUGGGGUCCCGUGCCCAGCGGGAGCGGGGCCAACUGAGCCGUGGCGCAUCCAGGAGCUCCAGCCCCGGAGCCGGCGGUGGCCACAGCACCAGUACCAGCACCAGCCCGGCCACAACGCUCCAGAGAAAAUCUGAUGGUGAGAAUUCCAGAACUGUCAGGUCCACAGCGUCUCAUACUCUACACCAGUAUUGCUGUCCUACUCAGGUCCUUGACUCCAUGAAGCUUACCCCCCCAGGCAGGCUGGCAGAGAGCAGUGUGGAGGGUGAUGCCCCAGGCAGUGACCUGAGCACAGCGGUUGAUAGUCCUGGGAGCCAACCCCCCUACCGGCUAAGCCAGUUGCCCCCCACCAGCAGCCACAUGGGCGGCCCCCCUGCUGGGGUGGGCCUUCCCUGGGCUCAGCGGGCUCGCCUCCAACCAGCCAGUGUCGCUCUGAGGAAACAGGAGGAAGAGGAGAUCAAGCGCUCCAAGGCUCUAUCGGACAGCUACGAACUCUCCACGGACCUGCAGGACAAGAAGGUGGAAAUGCUGGAGAGGAAGUAUGGGGGCUCCUUCCUGAGCCGCAGGGCUGCCAGAACCAUCCAGACUGCCUUCCGCCAGUACCGCAUGAACAAGAACUUUGAGCGGCUCCGCAGCUCAGCUUCAGAGAGCCGCAUGUCCCGCCGCAUAAUCCUUUCCAACAUGCGGAUGCAGUUCUCCUUUGAGGAGUAUGAGAAGGCCCAGAACCCAGCGUACUUCGAGGGCAAGCCUGCCUCGCUGGACGAGGGUGCCAUGGCUGGUGCCCGGAGCCACCGGCUUGAACGGGGGCUCCCCUAUGGAGGCUCCUGUGGUGGGGGCAUCGAUGGGGGGGGAAGCUCCGUCACCACAUCUGGAGAGUUUUCUAAUGACAUCACAGAGCUUGAGGACUCCUUCUCCAAACAGGUAAAGUCUCUGGCUGAAUCCAUUGAUGAAGCUCUGAACUGCCACCCAUCAGGGUCCAUGUCUGAGGAACCAGGAUCAGCUCAGCUGGAGAAACGAGAGUCAAAGGAACAGCAAGAGGACAGCUCAGCCACAUCUUUCAGUGACCUUCCUCUCUACUUGGAUGACACAGUUCCUCCAUCAUCCCCUGAGCGACUACCCAGCACAGAACCCACGCCGCAGGGCCGGCCUGAGUUCUGGGCACCGGCCCCUCUCCCUCCAGUUCCUCCACCUGUGCCAACAGGAGGCCGGGAAGAUGGUAGCCGUGAUGAUGGCCCUCGGAGGGCUCCUGGGUGCUUGGAGUGCCGGGAUUUCCGGCUGCGAGCUGCCCACCUUCCCCUGCUUACCAUUGAGCCUCCUAGUGACAGCUCUGUGGACCUGAGUGAUCGUUCAGAUCGCGGUUCUGUCCACCGCCAGCUGGUAUAUGAGGCUGAUGGCUGUAGCCCCCAUGGAACCCUAAAGCACAAGGGGCCACCAGGCAGGGCCCCCAUCCCACACCGCCACUACCCAGCCCCAGAGGGUCCAGCCCCAGCCCCACCAGGACCCCUGCCACCAGCCCCCAAUAGUGGCACUGGGCCCGGUGGUGUAACUGGGGGUCGAAGGUUGGGAAAGUGUGAGGCAGCAGGUGAGAACUCUGACGGUGGAGAUAAUGAGAGCCUAGAGAGCUCUAGCAACUCCAAUGAGACCAUCAACUGCAGUUCUGGGUCCUCUUCAAGGGACAGCCUGAGGGAGCCUCCAGCCUCAGGUCUGUGCAAACAGACUUACCAGCGGGAGACAAGGCAUAGUUGGGACUCACCAGCCUUCAACAAUGAUGUGGUGCAGAGGCGGCACUACAGGAUCGGCCUCAACCUCUUCAAUAAGAAGCCAGAGAAGGGUAUCCAGUAUCUGAUCGAGAGGGGCUUCCUGUCAGACACACCAGUGGGCGUGGCUCACUUCAUCCUGGAACGGAAAGGCCUGAGCCGGCAGAUGAUAGGGGAAUUCCUAGGGAACCGGCAGAAGCAGUUCAACAGAGACGUGUUGGACUGUGUGGUGGAUGAGAUGGACUUCUCCUCCAUGGAUUUGGAUGAUGCACUCCGGAAGUUCCAAUCCCACAUCCGAGUUCAGGGCGAGGCCCAGAAAGUGGAGCGACUCAUCGAAGCCUUUAGCCAGCGGUACUGUGUAUGUAAUCCAGCCCUCGUUCGCCAGUUCCGGAACCCAGACACCAUCUUCAUCCUUGCUUUUGCCAUUAUCCUUCUCAAUACUGACAUGUACAGUCCCAGCGUCAAGGCAGAACGCAAGAUGAAGCUAGAUGACUUCAUCAAGAAUCUAAGAGGGGUUGACAAUGGCGAAGAUAUCCCACGAGACCUCCUGGUAGGCAUCUAUCAGCGUAUCCAGGGGCGUGAACUGCGAACCAAUGAUGACCAUGUGUCCCAGGUGCAGGCUGUGGAGCGCAUGAUUGUGGGCAAGAAACCGGUCCUAUCUCUUCCUCAUCGUCGACUGGUAUGCUGCUGCCAGCUCUAUGAGGUGCCAGAUCCAAACCGCCCCCAGAGGCUAGGGUUGCAUCAGCGGGAGGUCUUCCUCUUCAACGAUCUUCUGGUGGUCACCAAAAUUUUCCAGAAGAAGAAGAUCUUGGUGACGUACAGUUUCCGCCAGUCCUUUCCCCUUGUGGAAAUGCACAUGCAGCUUUUCCAGAAUUCAUAUUACCAAUUUGGGAUCAAGUUGCUGUCUGCAGUACCUGGUGGGGAGCGAAAAGUCCUCAUCAUCUUUAAUGCCCCCAGCCUCCAGGACCGGCUGCGCUUCACUUCUGACCUGCGUGAGUCCAUUGCAGAAGUGCAGGAAAUGGAGAAAUACCGUGUGGAGUCGGAGCUGGAGAAGCAGAAAGGUCUGAUGCGACCCAAUGCCUCGCAGCCCGGAGGGGCCAAGGACUCAGUGAAUGGCACGCUGGCCCGCAGCAGCCUGGAAGACACAUAUGGGGCAGGCGAUGGGCUCAAACGGGGUGCUCUCAGCAGUUCCCUGAGAGAUCUUUCUGAUGCAGGGAAACGGGGGCGGCGUAACAGCGUGGGAUCGCUGGACAGCACCAUCGAAGGGUCUGUUAUUAGCAGUCCACGCCCUCACCAGAGGAUGCCACCUCCGCCCCCACCCCCGCCGCCAGAGGAGUACAAGAGCCAGAGGCCCGUCUCCAACUCCUCAUCCUUCCUGGGCUCCCUAUUUGGAAGCAAGCGGGGCAAGGGGCCCUUCCAGAUGCCACCACCGCCAACAGGCCAGGCCUCUGCCUCCUCUUCAUCUGCUUCUUCCACCCACCACCAUCACCACCACCACCACCAUGGUCAUAGCCAUGGUGGCCUGGGGGUGCUGCCUGAUGGGCAGUCCAAGCUUCAGGCCCUGCAUGCCCAGUAUUGCCAAGGACCGGGCCCUGCCCCGCCACCCUACCUCCCACCCCAGCAACCUCCUCUCCCUCCACCUCCUCAGCAGCCUCCACCCCUGCCCCAGCUAAGCUCCAUUCCCCCGCCUCCUGCCUCCGCGCCCCCUGUAGGGCCACAUCGACACUUCCAUGCCCAUGGCCCAAUCCCAGGCCCCCAGCACUACACCUUGGGCCGACCAGGCAGGGCUCCCAGACGGGGUGCUGGAGGACACCCUCAAUUUGCCCCACAUGGCCGCCACCCCCUGCACCAGCCCACAUCUCCAUUGCCUCUGUACAGUCCUGCCCCGCAGCACCCUCCAGCCCACAAACAGGGCCCAAAGCACUUCAUCUUCAGCCACCACCCACAGAUGAUGCCAGCAGCAGGGGCCUCUGGGGGCCCUGGGUCCCGGCCACCAGGGGGCUCCUACUCUCACUCCCACCACCCCCAGUCACCCUUGUCACCGCACUCACCUAUCCCACCUCACCCAUCCUACCCACCUCUGCCUCCACCCUCACCCCACACUCCGCACUCACCUCUGCCACCCACCUCUCCCCAUGGCCCACUGCACGCUUCUGGCCCCCCUGGCACAGCCAAUCCAUCUACAGCAAACCCCAAGACCAAGCCAAGCCGGAUCAGCACCGUGGUCUGAUGAAUGGAGAGUGUAAUCUGGGACCCAGGGAGGUCUGGGGGAGCCACAGAAGAGGGACAUUGAGCCCUCUCUGCUUCCUCAGUUUUUCAAAAUAUAUAUAAACACAUAGAAAUGUCCUCCUCCCCACUUCCUUCCCUCCUCAGGACCCAUCCUCUAACCUCUUCUAGUCUCCACGGGGUUUUCUUCCAGAUUCCAGGAUUCUUGCCACUUGAAGCCUGGGCACAGGCUCUCCAGUCCUGGCGAGUGGUGAGGACCUUUGGAGAGCCUUGUUCUCUUUUUCCGUUUUUCAUCCUUGCCCUGUUUCCCCAGGAGGUCUAGCUUGGUGGAUUCAGACCUUUGGGCUAGGGUGAGCUCCCUGUUGGCUCUGGUGAAGGAGGGGCAGGUGUCAGGAGCAUUGAGGGUGAAGGCAUCCUUCAGGCUCCUAUGGCCUCAUGAGCUAGAAGAUAUGGCCAAACAUCAGCUGGUUCUGUCUGCACACUGACCUCAAGGCCUAGUCAUACACCUUGAUGGGGCUCUGCUUACCAGAGAACAUGGACUGUCAGUGCACUCAUUGGGUGCACCGAUAGACCUACUUCUAGCAGUUCCCAGAAAAUGCAGUGCUUCCUCUCUGGAACCAGUCUCUGCCCUCCCUCCACUGAGUCUCAACCUAGGCCUAUAAGCUCCAGGAUCUUGCCCCUCCUGAUCAAAGUCCAGACAUGUUUGGAGGGAGCAGAGAGCUCAGAUCUGGGAUGAGAAGGGCACUGCCCUCCCUCACCCAUAUUGCAUGCCCCUCAUUCCCUUCCACCUUUCCCACCCACAACUGAAGACAAUGCACUUUACAGAUCAUACCCACACACACCUUAUUGGGGCUGGGCACUGAGCCUCACCCCUGGGGAGACAGGCUCCCUCAGGGCCACCGGGAGCCCAAGAUGUUCUUCCAAGACAGAGAUUGAUGCCAUCAGAAAAGGGGUUGGAUGCCUCAGUCCUCCUGUUAAUCAAAAUCUCCACUGCCUCUCCUGCUCUUUCCAGCCCUGUUUAUUUAUUAUAAAUAUUUUUUUUACGAGCCCCAGUUCCUCUUCUUGCCACACAUCCCCAGAUACUUUCUCAGCUCCUGCCUCCCACUUCCUCCCCUCUCCUCCACAGGUUGCAGUCCAGACAGACAGACCCAGGCUGGAUGAAGGGGCCAGGGGAGCCUGGGGUUUGGGGUGGGGAAGGGUAGCAGUGGGAGGGGCUGUA